AUGACCAUCAUCCUAUACGACAUCCCCUCAACGCUCCCGGAUAAGGCAUGGAGUCCUAUGGUAUGGAAGAUAAGCCUAAACCUGAAAGAACUUCCGUACAAAACAGAAUGGGUAGAGUACCCCGACAUAGAGACGCACUGUCGUAGCCUGGGCAUCCCACCUACCUCCCAGAAGCCCGACGGCAGCCCAUUCUACACACUUCCCGCAAUCCACGACCCCUCAACGGGCGUCUAUAUUUCAGACUCCGUCAAAAUUGCCGCGUACCUCGAAGAGCGCUACCCAAGCGGCCGCCGCAUCUUCCCUACCGGCCACGCUGGGAUACAGAUCAUAUUCGAGGAGGUGUUAUUUGAAAAUGUGUCACCGCUGCUGGCGCUUGCGUUCCCAGACUUUGUGCGCAAGAUGAAUGCGAGGAGUGGUUGGUUUAUGAUCGAGAAGGUAGAGGCGGUGGGGAGCAAGAAUCGGCGGGAGGAUUGGGUGAAAGCACAGGAGGGUAUGGGUAAAGUUGCUGGGUGGUAUGAAAAGAAUAAGGAGAAAGGCCCGUUUUAUUUUGGGGAUAGGAUUUCGUGGUGUUUUUCAGACGAUCGUGGGGAGAAGAUAGCGAGGAGUGGGGGAGAAUAUGUUCUUGGGAUGGAGGUCGCUGGAGGAAUCAUUCAAGAAUCUUUAUGGAGUUCGAAAUAG